AGCCUUCCUUGGUGUCUCAGAUCUUAACAAUUCCAAUAGAAGAGAAGACAUAUGAAUGUAAGGAAUGUGGGAAAAUCUUGGCUCCUUCCAUAGGCCUUACUGUUCAUGUGUCUGUGCAUCCUAGGAAACAAACUGAACGUAGGAAACCUGUCGAUGCUUACAUCUUACUGAGUCUGUUUGAACUCAUGCUGGAGAGAAAUGCUAUGAAUGUGAGGAAGGUGGAAAAGCUUUCAUUAUUUUCCUCGGGCCUUACUGAGCUUGUGAGCACAUUGGAUAUAAAUGCACGUCCUCUGGCUGUAAGGAAUGUGUUGAAACCUUUCGCUCUGCCUUAUACCUUAAUAUUCAGCUGUGAUCUCACAAGUGUGAAAAAUCUUAUGAAUGUAAAAUGUGUGGAGAUUCUUCUUUGUUUUUAGCUUCCACUUUGGGAACAUGUCAAAGCACACAUUGAGAAGUCCCAUGAGUGAAAGAGAUGUUGGAAAGCCCUUGAACUUGGUCGUUAGGAAACAUCCACACUGAAGAGGAACCUGACUGUAUGGAAGGUCAAAAAGGCUGUAUUAAUUUACAUGCAAAAAGUCACACUAGAGGAAUGCCAUAUCAGAAUGCUUUUGGGCUGGGUAUAAGUAAGCAAGAAGAGGGCCUGGGAGAAGAGUCUGACGAGCAAGGGGAAGGUAGCCAAGGAUGGAGUGAAAUACAGGGUGACCUGUGUUUUUCCCCUGGCUGCUUUGGAAAUUAUGGGAAAAAAUCAAAUACCAAGGAAGAAAAAUCUAUAAUGAAAUUAGAUGUGGAUUUCUUUUUAUGUAUUCAGCUUGGGGGCUUAUGAUACUUCUAGUACCCAAAGCUCUGCCUGCUUAGGACUCUGCCCAGCCAGGAAGGAAACCUACAGGAGGAAGAAUGGCUGCAGGGUGGCUGACAACCUGGUCACAGAACUCAGUAACCUUCCAGGAAGUGGCAGUGGACUUUUCCCAGGAGGAGUGGGCAUUGCUGGACCCUGCUCAAAAAAAUCUAUACAAAGAUGUGAUGCUGGAGAACUUUAGGAACCUGGCCUCAGUAGGGUAUCAGCUCUGCAGACACAGUCUGAUCUCCAAGGUGGAUCAAGAACAGCUGAAGACAGAUGAAAGAGGAAUUUUACAAGGUGACUGUGCAGACUGGGAAACUCAACUUAAAUCAAAAGAUACAGUUGCUAUGCAGAACAUUCCUGGGGGAGAAACAUCCAAUGGCAUAAACAUGGCAGAAAAUCAACCUGGUGAGCACUCCCUGGAGUGUAACCAUUGUGGGAAAUUCAGAAAGAACACUCGCUUUAUUUGUACAAGAUAUUGCAAGGGAGAGAAAUGCUAUAAAUAUAUAAAGUAUAGCAAAGUCUUCAACCAUCCCUCAACUCUUAGGAGUCAUGUGAGCAUUCAAAUUGGAGAGAAAACUCUUGAAUUUACUGAUUGUAGAAAAGCUUUCAAUCAAGAGUCAUCCCUCAGGAAACACUUAAGAACUCCCACAGGACAGAAGUUUCAGGAGUAUGAGCAAUGUGAUAUGUCCUUCAGCCUACACUCUUCCUGCUCAGUACGUGAGCAAAUACCUACUGGAGAGAAAGGUGAUGAAUGCAGUGACUAUGGCAAAAUAUCUCCCCUUAGUGUCCACACAAAAACUGGUAGUGUGGAGGAGGGUUUGGAAUGUAAUGAACAUGAGAAAACUUUCACUGACCCUUUGUCCCUUCAGAACUGUGUCAGAACUCACUCUGGAGAGAUGCCCUAUGAAUGCAGUGACUGUGGGAAAGCCUUCAUUUUUCAGUCUUCCCUUAAGAAACACAUGAGAUCUCAUACUGGAGAGAAGCCUUAUGAGUGUGAUCACUGUGGAAAAUCCUUUAGCCAGAGCUCUCAUCUGAAUGUGCACAAAAGAACUCACACUGGAGAGAAACCCUAUGACUGUAAGGAAUGUGGGAAGGCUUUCACUGUUCCUUCAUCCCUUCAGAAACAUGUGAGAACCCACACUGGAGAGAAACCCUAUGAAUGCAGUGACUGUGGAAAAGCCUUCAUCGAUCAGUCAUCCCUUAAGAAACACACACGCUCUCACACUGGAGAGAAGCCUUAUGAGUGUAACCAGUGUGGCAAGUCCUUCAGCACAGGCUCUUACCUUAUUGUGCACAAGAGAACUCACACUGGUGAGAAAACCUAUGAGUGUAAAGAAUGUGGGAAGGCCUUUAGGAAUUCCUCUUGCCUGAGGGUACACGUGAGAACUCACACUGGAGAGAAGCCUUAUAAAUGUAUUCAGUGUGAAAAAGCCUUUAGCACAAGCACUAACCUUAUAAUGCACAAGCGAAUCCACAAUGGCCAGAAACUCCAUGAAUGAAAUGACUGCAGGAAAGUGUUUGUUGCCCCUCAUGCCUCCUUUCUCACUUUAGAACAUAUAUUGGAGAGAAGCCCUGUUAUGGUCACCUGGAAACAGCCUUCUGGCCCAACUCUGGAUGCCUGUUAUACUGGGACAAACCUUAUAAAUGUUAUAGCUAUGAUUGUUUUUAUCAGUAUUUCAUUCUUAUAUGUGUCACAACUGUAGAUCCUAUGAAUAUUUUAGUUAUCUUUUCAGUUUAAUUGCAUUGUGAACAGAAUACAUGGUCUUCAAUAUGUAGAUUGUGUGUGACAUAGAUUUGAACAUAAUUUCUGGACACUGACUGAUGUACUGUGGCAGACAGAACUAGUUGCUGUCUCAAUAUCCAUUCCUCCCUUCUUUCUUAAAGUAAUAAAAUUUACCAUUUAGUUCAA